UCACCACCCAACAGUUCAACGUCUGCGGAAUUACGAACACGGAUCAGCGCAGACACCUGGAUCGUUCCUCUGCGUCGUACCGUCACCAGGAAUGGCCUACCAGCAGCCCACACAGGUGAUGACAGUCAUGGGCGGUAAUCAACACCUGGGGAACUGGAGCACCGGCCUCUGUGAUUGCUGUGCUGAUGUGGGCACCUGUUGCUGUGCAUAUUGGUGUUUCCCCUGCAUGCAGUGUCAGACAGCCAGUAAACAUGGAUGGUGCUGUGGCAUGCCACUGCUGGACGUUUUCUGCGUGGUGUCCUGCUUACUUCGCAAGUCCGUCAGAGCGCGCUACAACAUUCCUGGCUCGUGCUGUGAUGACUGCUGCAAGAUACUUUGGUGUUACCCGUGUGUUUGGUGCCAGAUGAAUCGUGAGCUGAAGAUCAGGGAAAACCAGCACCCUGCCACCUCGACGGUGGUCACCACGCAGGUGUUCCGUGAAUAAGAUGCAGCCAUUUGAGCUGUGAAUAUGACAAAGUUAUUAAUUACAAUUUUACAAUGAUGAAACGCAUAGGAAAAUAUUACUUCUGUUUCUGCAGCACGAGGUGAAAAUAGAAAAUUUUGUCUUGUGCGGUUCAUGCUCUGCAAUAUGUAAUUGAUUUAUAGAAUAAAGUCUGUUUUUUUUUUUUAACUUUAGAUUACAUUUUUAACAUCAGAUGUUUUGAGUUUUGUUAGCAUACUGAUGUAUAUCAUCAGGAAAUAUAUAUGUAUUUUUUUUAACCUUGUCCAAUACAAACGAUAUCAUUUAACAUGCUUACUCUUAUACCAAUUGUGUCUAAGUUGAGUUUAACUUGUGCUAAAAUAAAGACUAUUCAUAUCCACCCACUAUAUGAA